AGGGGCCUGGGCGGCGGAGCUGUCCGGCAGUCAUUCGGUGAUGUGACGGAGGAGAACGGAGCGCCGCCAUGGCAGCCAACAAGUCCGUGCUCAGCCUGGCCACCUUCUCCUUCGGUCUGGCCAUCGGCUUCAUCUUCUGCUACGUCCUCUUCAGCAUCGUCCUACAGGAGCGGGAAGAGGCGGCGUCCGUUAUCCUCCACAACGACCCGCACGGCGGACACAACGACCACCAGCAUGGAGAGCCCCUGCCCGGACACAUCAUGGACUUCAACCAGGACAGCCNGCAGCACCACGAUGAAGACGUCCACGUAUCCGAAGACUUGCACAAGAAGGUGAGAAUCCUGUGCUGGGUUAUGACCGGACCUCAAAACCUGGACAAGAAGACCAAACACGUGAAGGCCACCUGGGCCCAGCGGUGCAACAAAGUCUUGUACAUGAGCUCAGAGGAAAACAAAGACUUCCCCACGGUGGGGCUGGACACAAAGGAGGGCCGAGACCAGCUUUAUUGGAAAACCAUCAAGGCCUUCCAGUACGUCCACGACCACCACCUGGACGAAGCCGACUGGUUCAUGAAAGCCGACGACGACACUUAUGUCAUAGUGGACAACUUGCGUUGGAUUUUGUCCAAGCAUAGUCCAGACGACCCCAUAUACUUUGGAAGGCGGUUUAAGCCGUACGUGAAGCAGGGUUACAUGAGCGGUGGGGCUGGGUACGUGCUCAGUAAAGAGGCCUUGAAGAGGUUUGUGAACGCCUUCAAGGAAGAAAAAUGCACCCACAGCUCCUCGGUGGAAGAUUUGGCGCUCGGGAAAUGUAUGGAGAACAUUCACGUCAAAGCCGGAGAUUCCAGAGACACCAGCGGGAAGGAGACCUUUCACCCCUUUGUUCCUGAACAUCAUCUUAUCCAGGGCUACUUGCCGAGGACUUUUUGGUACUGGAAUUACAAUUAUUACCCUGCCAUAGAGGGUCCCGGCUGCUGCUCCGACCUGGCCGUGUCCUUCCACUACGUAGAUGCUACGACCAUGUACCAGCUGGAAUAUCUGGUGCAUCAUCUCCGUCCCUACGGGUACAAACACAGAUACAACCCCGACGCCCAGACUACACCCGAGCAGAGCGUGAAAGAGGAAGCUGCAAAGGAAGUGAAGACAGAAUGAAGGACAAAACUCCUUUCCAGGGAAGAUAAAAAAAAGUGCACUGAGGUUUUAACCUGGAAGACCGGCAUCCG